AAAAUUAAGAGAAUUGUGUACUUAGUUAUAUCAUCCUUCACUUUCAGAAUAUUUGGAAUUUUGCUGAUCUUUGUGGACGUGUCCCUCGUCAUCACAGACGUAGUUAUCGCUGAUAGCGCCAUGUCUGUUCCUUUGGAAUACUAUUCGAUUUCUUUAGCUAUUGCUUUAUUUUUUUUCAUGGACGUUUUCCUUCGAGUAUUUAUAGAAGGGGUACGACCGUAUUUUUCUGAUAUAUUGAACUCUUUAGAUGCUGCCAUUAUCGGGGUGACUCUAUUGGUCAACAUCGCUUAUAUUUUGUAUGACGUUAAGGUUCUUAACAGUUUCCCCAAAUUGGCAAUUAUCUUACGACCUCUACGACUUAUCAUUCUGAUAAGAGUUUUUCAUCUGGCUCAUCAAAAAAGACAUCUUGAAAUGCUGACCAGGAGGAUGGUUUCAGGAAACAAACGGCGAUACAAGAAGGAUGGAUUUGACUUAGACCUCACUUAUGUUACUGACCGUAUUAUUGCCAUGUCAUUCCCUUCUUCUGGAAAGCAGUCUUUCUAUAGGAAUCCCAUUAAGGAAGUUGUGCGGUUCCUGGACACCAAGCAUCGAAACCACUAUCGGGUCUACAACCUCUGCAGUGAAAGAGCUUAUGAUCCUAAGUACUUCCAUCAUAGGGUCUGUCGAUACCUUAUUGAUGAUCACAAUGUCCCCUCUCUGAGUGAGAUGGUGGCAUUCUCCAAGGAAGUAGAAGACUGGAUGGCUCAAGACAACGAAAACAUCGUAGUGGUUCACUGUAAGGGAGGCAAAGGAAGAACUGGAACUAUGAUCUGUGCCUACCUUCUUGCCAGUGGAAUAUUUACAACCGCGGAGGCCAGCCUUUAUUAUUUUGGAGAACGACGAACAGAUAAAUCCACCAGCAGUAAAUUUCAGGGAAUAGAAACGCCUUCUCAGAACAGAUUUGUUGGAUAUUUUGCGACGGUGAAAAAUACCUACAACUUGACUCUUCCUCCAAAGAAAAAACUCACGAUUAAAAAAAUCGUUAUUUAUUCAAUUCAUGGCAAUGGAAAUGAUCUAAAAGUACAAAUAAUAAUGCAACGAAAGCCUGUCUUUUUCUGUUCUGCUUCCCAAAACUGUAGGGUAGUUCAUGAUGCUGAAACAGACAGAGUAAUAAUUAAUCUAUGCAACUGUCCGCUUCUGUAUGAUGAGGUGAAAGUGAAAUUUCUCUCUUCUUCGGACCUUCCUAGAUACUAUGACAACUGUUCGUUUUUCUUUUGGUUCCAUACAUCUUUUAUACAAAAUAACAGGCUUUAUCUUUCAAGAAGUGAACUGGACAAUCCCCAUAAACCAAAAGCAUGGAAAAUUUAUCGCCCAGAGUUUGCAGUCGAGGUAUAUUUUGAUGACAUGAAGCUGUAACUGGUAUCUGAUUAAGUGUAGUCCCCCUUUUAGGCUAGAAUCAUGUGCUUCCCAAUCCUGGCUACAGAUUUAUAUCUUUUAAACCUGUUUCUUUGCUGAUAUAUUUACAUGUAUGUACAUAUGUUCUUGAGAAAUUUAUUAAAUAUAUACAAGGGAGAAUGUCAAUAGCAGUAUUUUUUUUUUUAAGGAAUAUAUGUCACAGUUUUCAUCUAUAUUGAGAUCAAUUUGAAACAGCACAUGGGAACAUUAGUUAUCACUUUUAGGAACUUAGAAAUGAAACUUUCCUAUCGAAAUAACAUUUAAAAACUGAUUUUCCCCCAGUACUGUGGGUUUAUUUCAUUUACUUAUAUCUUUUUGGACAAGUAUGUAUUUCCUGCUUUCAUAUUUGUAAUUUUGGAUUUGUUAGAUAAUUUCUAAUUCCGUCCUCUACUUGAUUUACAAACUGUUAACAAACAUUAGAAUGGCAGCAGAGACUGUUUUAAAACCCAGAGCUCUUAGAUACCUUCCUCCACAAGAGGGCAGACAGCAGAAUCAAGCAGUAUCAGCAGUAUUUCAUGUUGUGGAACUGAAAACCACAGCCACAGAAAGACAGAGAAAAUCAAAAAGCAGAGGACUUUGUACCAGAUGAAGGGACAAGAUAAAACCCCAGAAAAACAACUAAAUGAAGAGGAGAUAGGCACCCUUCCAGAAAAAGAAUUCAGAAUAAUGAUGGUGAAGGUGAUCCAGGACUUUGAAAAAAGACUGGAUGCAAAGAUCGAAAAGUUUACCAAAGACCUAGAAGAAUUAAAGAGCAAACAAACAGAGAUAUGCAACACAAUAACUGAAAUGAAAAAUACACUAGAAGGAACCAACAGCAGAUUAACUGAGGCAGAAGGGCAAAUAAGUGAGCUGGAAGACAGAAUGGUGAUAAUCACUGAUAAGGAAAAGAAUAAGGAAAAAAGAAUGAAAAGAACUGAAGACAGCCUGAGAGACCUCUGGGACAAUGUUAAAUGCACCAACAUUCGCAUUAUAGGGGUCCCAGAAGGAGAAGAGAGAGAGAAAGGACCCAAGAAAAUACUGGAAGAGAUUAUAGUUGAAAACUUCCCUAACAUGGGAAAGGAAACAUCUACCCAAGUGCAGGAAGCACAGAGAGUCCCAGGCAGGAUAACCCAAGGAGAAACAUGCCAAGACAUAUAGUAGUCAAAUUGACAAAAAUUAAAGACAGAAAUGUUAUUAAAAGCAACAAGGAAAAAACAACAAAUAACACACAAGGGAACUCCCAUAAGGGUAACAGCUGAUUUCUCAGCAGAAACUCUGCAAGCCAGAAGGGAGUGGCAGGAUAUAUUUCAAAUGAUGAAAGGGAAGAACCUACAUCCAAGAAUACUCUACCCAGCAAGGAUCUCAUUCAAAUUUGAUGGAGAUAUCAAAAGCUUUACAGACAAGCAACAGCUAAGAGAAUUCAGCACCACCAAACCAGUCCUACAACAAAUGCUAAAGGAACUCCUCUAAGCAGAAAACAGAAGAGAAGAAAAGGACCUACAAAAACAAAAACAAAACAAUUAGGAAAAUGGUAAUAGGAACAUACAUAUCAGUAAUUACCUUGAAGGUAAAUGGACUAAAUGCACCAACCAAAAGACACAGACUGGCUGAAUGGAUACAAAAGCAAGACCCAUAUAUAUGCUGUCUACAAGAGACCCACUUCAGACCUAGGGACACAUACAGACUGAAAGUGAGUGGAUGGAAAAAGAUAUUCCAUGCAGAUGGAAAUCAAAAGAAAGCUGGAGUAGUGAUACUCAUAUCAGAUAAAAUAGACUUUGAAAUAAAAACUGUUACAAGAGACAAGAAAGGACAUUACAUAAAGAUCAAGGGAUCCAUCCAAGAAGAGGAGAUAACAUUAUAAAUAUAUAUGCACCCAAUAUAGGAGCACCUCAAUACAUAAGGCAAGUGCUAACAACUAUGAAAGAGGAAAUGCAACGCAGAGAUAGACACAGAUGUAGAGAACAAACACGUGGACACCAAGUGGGGAAAGUGGGGAGGGUUGGGGGGGGAUGAAUGGGAAGACUGGGAUGCCAAACUGUACCCUCUAAAUGUAUGCUGUUUAUUGUCUGUUAACUGUAUCGCAAUAAAAGUUCUUAAAAAAAAAUUA